GGGGCAGGGCUGGGGAUGGUGUCACUGAGAGGGUGAAGGAGCAGCAGAAGGAAGACCACGGUGUUCUGGUGUGUUCUGGUGUGGCAGUGUGGAACUCAGCAAUUUGCUAUGUUACUGUGGAGAUGCAUGGAAAUGAGGAGAUGUGGUAAAGAUGCACUGGUCGUCUGAGUGGGCAGAGCAACACUAUGACAUCACUUCCACCACGUCACCUCCUGCCCACCCUAAGCCUGUUCCAUAUCCACAGCCCAGUCAUCCCGCUUUCUCUGGCUAUUCCGACGACAUCAGUGCCCUCAGUGCCUCCAGCCUGCUAAAGCGCUAUGCUGAGAGGUAUUCCUUCAGUCCGGUCUACCCGGAGCCUGGAGCUUUCCGAAGAAGUGAGCCUGCCCAGGAUGCCUGGUCAAUGGGCUACAACCCAGAUGGGAUAGAUGGAAUUAAAGGUUCUUUAGCGAGUGCAAGCAACCUUUCAGAGCAAUUUGGUAAUGGGGCAAUAUCUCAGGAUUAUACCUCCACCUACAGCGGGUCACACUUGUACCCUCGACCGACUUACUUGCACCAGCCAGCUUUUGCCUUAACGUCAAGCUACCCUCCUCCCACCCCGGUCUAUACCUAUCCCCCGGGUUUAACCACCCCCAGUUCUCCUUCCCUGCUACCACCACUGAGCAGCAGCCUCCAAACCACCCACAGCACUCAGGCUCUGAAGCGGCCUGAGGAGUUCCAAGAACAUAACAAGACUUUUGGAUUCGAUCAAAAUAAAAGUAGCAGAGUGUCACCUUAUACAGCGAGGGAUAGUGCUGAGCAUCCCAUCAGCAAUGGCAUCCCAAAUAGCAGUGCAGAUCUUCAGCACAUCAGGCCAGACAGGCUUCUCCCUCAACCAGACAUGAAGGUAGACCUGGUGAGGAAGAGCAGUUAUUUACAGCCCUCAGAGGCACCAUCUUACAGUGGUGCUGAGCAGUACACCUACCCCUGAGGUGGCCUGAUUUACCCCUAAGUUGGCCUGGUUUACCCCUGAGGUGGCCUUAUUUACCCAGCCUAGUGGAGUGUUCUUGGAGCUUUUGAUCAUAUCUUCACUCUGCAUUUGAAACAGAAUGAGAGAGUCCUGACCAGAGAAUGUUAGUUAUUAAAUUUGAUCUUAGUUUAUUAUUGGGAAUUUUUAAAAAUUCAAGUCACAUUUUAAGGUUACUAAAAAAUCAAGUGUAUAAUCUUUUCCAGAGAAGGAUAUUUUUUAGGAAUUUAGGCAAGUUUUCACCAAAGAACCAUUUCCAAGAUUUAUUACUAGUGGAACCUGGACUAGGUUAAUUUUCUAGAUAGGUCUGUGAGAAUGUCAGUAUAUAUUCUCAAAAAUAUAUAUUGAUAUUCAAAAACUGACCCAAGCCCCGGACAGCUUUACUGUGUUCCAAUGUAAUGGUGAGGUCAUCUAGGCACCAUUUAAGGUGCUGCUUGACAUACUGAGCAUUGCUGUUAGGUCUCUAUGCAAGCCAGAGUUACAUUUCUGUCUCAGGAACCUUUUCUGUAACCCAGGAACCUUUUCAAGAGCUAAAGAAUCUUAAACCCAUUUCUACCAUCACAAUGUAGAAAGGAGCUCAUUUACACCACAGGAAGUUUUUUUUAAGGCAUACAGGAAUUAGUUAGGGAUAUAUUGUGCAUUAUCACCAGAGGCACCAGGGCAGGUGUAGUUUCUGGGCUGGAGUUCUGGGCUGCAAACCAUACGUUUUAAUAAAAGACAGGAACCUGACCCAUGCCUGAGACAAUUUCAGGAGCCAUUUUAGUUCCUGAGUCUUCCAAUUUGGAAUGGAGCUUGGCUUAUUGAAUGUUACAGAUUGUUAAUCAACCUUCUCAUAUUUAGCUAGUAGUUGUUAUAUAUCAGAGGUAGAACAUCACACAGCUUGAAGUGUACAAACACAACUAGUGAUAUUAAUGUCAUGAUGAUGCAACUAGACAAAACUAUUAAAGAUCAGCUCCGGUCAGCUUCCUCCAGGUUUGCUGAAGGCACUGAAGUUCUCAAUCCUGCUGUUCUCCCAUAUCAGUAAUAAAAAAAACAAAAAAACAAGGACUCACCCAGGAGAUUUCUCAACUCCUUGGUUUCUCAGAAGCUUCCUAAACCUUGGUGGAAACACAGCCUAUAUCCUUAGAGCUUUACAUUUCCUUUUCCUCAGACUGACUAUUGUUCUCUAACCCCCGCUCUGUAAGUAAUCAAUCAGUGUAGUGAAGCAUAAGCCACAGCCAGCACUAAUCCCCCACACCAGUCAAUAAAUUCCACUCGCAUGCAGACUGAAGAUAGAGAGGGAAGGAGGGGAAAUUAGACAUUUUAAAGAUUAGGUAAAUAGUCAGGUAUUUAUACUCAGGAAAAUACUCAGGAAUUUAGAAUCUAAACGUUUACAAGUUUUCUUUCUUAAGGACGUGAUGUUUUUUUGGAAAUUACUUAUGUAUUCUAGACAUAAACUCGCACAAAGAUUCAUGAAAAAUAUGCAAUUUAUGAAGCUUCAGGAGGAGAGUUUAUUCUGAAUGUCUCUACCUUAUCUCAGGAAUGAUGGGAAAAGCUUGAGAAAUGCUAAUGUCUUUUUUUGUGUUACUUUUCUGUUUCAUUAAUGGUAGAAGUUGUUCCUGCUGAGAAUUGUAAACACUCAAGCAGCUGAUUAAAGAAUUUACUCGUCUAUGAGGUAACAGAUCUGUCCUGUUAACUAUGAACACCUUUACUAAGAGACCGUCACUGUUAUCAGUAAUGAAAAGUUAUUUGAAUUUGAUAAUGUUAAUCAUGUCACAAGGGGCUUUUAAGUAGAUAAAAUGAAAGAAAGGGAACUUUCUCAUCUUUCUGCUCUUCUGUUUUCUGCUCCACAGGAACACGGUGUCUUUGUGAUGAUUGAAGACACAUUAACUUACAUCUUUAUAUCUAUUUUGAUCAAAAAACAUGAUUUAAUCAGUGAUUUAAUCAGAUUUACAAACGGGUCAUAAAUGCUGCAAGUGUUAAUUGUUAAGUUUGAAAUAAUAAUUGUUAAGAUUGUUAAGAUUGUGUGGUUGUAGUUUUAAUACUUGUAAAAAAAAACCACUACCUCGUGUUUGUAUGGUGAUUUUUUUUUCUCUUGAAUAUAAAAAGUAAUUUUGUGUUUUUAAUUCUGAAAAC